ACGAACAUAAUGUCUGUUUGUUAUAUAUAAGUGUUACAUUAUAUUUGAUUUAAUUUAAAUUCGAAGUGUGAACAAUAUCGUAGUGUUGUACUUCGUUUAUAAUGUCAACGUCUAAAGAUCCUAGUUCAUAUACAAAUGAAAAAGGUGUUGAUGAGAUUUUGUUUGAAGCUGGGACGCUAAAGGCUUUGAAUAGUAUCGCUAAACGACCACCAGUUAAUAUUGUGUUCAAAGAUAUUGAAUACACCGUCAGUUCAUUUCGAGAAAAACGUCAAAUAUUGCGCAGUAUAUCGGGAGAGUUUCGUUCCGGACAUUUAACUUGUAUCCUUGGACCUUCUGGCGCUGGCAAAUCAUCACUGCUUCAUAUUCUAACAGGAUAUAACCAAAAUGGCGUCAAAGGUGUAAUCAAAAUUAAUGGAGACGAUCGUGAUAUGCGAAUAUUUAAGAAGUUAAAUUGUUACAUCAUGCAUGAUGAUAUUCUACAACCAAGGCUUACUACUUUAGAGUCAAUGCGAAUUGCCGCGGAACUGAAGCUAGGAGCAGAAAUAAAAAAAGCAAACAAGGAAGUUAUUGUAGCGGAGGUAUUACAAACAUUGGGACUAUGGAGACAAAGGCACACGAUGUGUGAGCGACUCUCCGGCGGACAAUCGAAACGUCUUGCUAUAGCUUUAGAGUUAGUUAACAAUCCUCCAGUCAUAUUUCUAGACGAACCAACAUCAGGAUUGGACGUAGUCUCAGUGAGGCAGCUAUUACUUUUGCUGCGUCUGCUCUCUCGUCAAGGCCGAACUAUUAUCUGUACAAUUCAUCAACCCUCAGCAUCAUUAUUUAAUCUUUUCGACAAUGCUUACGUGGUUUGUGAUGGACAAUGUUGUUAUCAGGGUGCACCUUCUCAAUUAGUGCCGUUUUUAGCAGAAGCUCAAUAUGUCUGCCCACCGUCACACAAUCCUGCUGAUUUUGUGAUUGAAACUCUUGCUGGAGAAAUGACAGCAAAAAGCCAAUUGUCAGACUUAUGCCAAAAUGGAAAAGUAUGCAGAUGGUCCACGGACAUGUCGUUACAAUUAAGUAAUUUAGAAGAUACUGGAAACAAUAUAUGUAUGGAACAAGUAUAUAAAGAUAAAUCCUUGAAACUGGAAUUUCCUACAUCGUUUUGUACACAAUUUACAAUUUUGAUUCAAAGGAUUUAUUUACAGAGUAAACGUAAACAGUUAAAUUGGUUUAUACAAUUAAUGCAAUAUAUAAUAUGCGGUCUUUUUAUUGGUGGUAUAUUUUAUAUGGUUGGCAAUGAAGGCAGUACACCCAUGGCCAACUUCAAAUGUUACCUCUGCAUUACUGUGUUUUUAAUUUACACUUAUACCAUGGUACCUAUUUUACUCUUGCCAAUGGAAAUAAGAAUAAUUCGACGUGAGUACUUCAAUAGAUGGUAUGGACUCAAGGCUUAUUAUGCUGCUCUUACCUGCUCUACGAUUCCACCGGCGAUAUUUUUUGGAAUGAUUUUCAUAACUAUGACAUAUUUGAUGACUGGCCAACUUUUCGAAUGGUAUAGAUUUAUUUCGUUUUCAAUAAUAGGACUUUUAACUGGCUUCUGCUCCGAAGGCCUCGGUAUAGUUAUCGGAACAAUAUUGAAUGGCACAAACGGAGCCAUAUUGGGACCGUCUAUAAUUUCACCACUUUUAGUAUUAUGUUGCUAUGGAAUGGGUUUUGGGAGACAUAUAGAGCCAGGAAUGAAAUUCCUUAUGUCUCUAUCGUUCCUGCGAUAUGGUCUUACUGGAUUGACUUUACCAUUGUACCAGAAUCGUACCAGAAUGCAUUGCUCUGAAGAUAUUUGUGUUUACGGAGAUCCGAUAUAUGUACUUCAAGAAUUAGGAAUGGAGGGCGAUGUGUUUAUCGUUCAAAUUAUUGGAUUGUCUAUAUUUAUUGUACUGUUUAGGGUAAUAGCAUAUUUCACGUUACGUCAUCGUCUUGCAAAUGAAUAUUCGAACAGUAUUAUUUAACACUUAAUUGUUUCUUGUGAAUUUUGUAAAAAAUAAAACUUUAAUUUGA